AUGCAAAGAGUGGAGAUUCAUCAGGAAUGGGAGCGCUCUCAUCAACACCUCUCCAACUAUAUUCAGACCAAAACCAAACCAAAUCUCUUUUAUUUGCCGACAAAACACACGCCGGAGACUGAAAAGAGAUUACAGGAGACUAAAGACAAAUACAGAUUAAUUGUUGCCGAAAAGAGAGCUAAAGUACAGAAAGAGUUGUCAGAAAUCGACGAACUCUACAAAAAAGAGGAACAAAAACUGUUGGACGAAGAGAUGGGAGACAUCGAUACCCACGAGUCUAACGCCAAAGAAAACUCAGAUGAGACUAAAACUUUGGCCCAAAAUGAGAGUCAAAUAUCAAUAGAAUCUAACAAUAAUAGCAAUAAUAUAAUUAUUUCAGACGAAGACAAUAAUAUUAAUGUCUCGAAUGAGACGACAAGCGGUUCAGUCGUCAACUCAGCUGAAGACACAUCUAAUGGUGUGAAGACUGAGAGCGUUGAACACGAGUUGGUUGAGACACACGAAGACACCAUUGAAGACAAAGAGUUUGAGCCGAUUUAUGAUGAAUGAGAGGAAUGUGACACCAAUUUAUUUACUAAAAAACCUUUUUUAUUCAACAAAAAUCAGGUUUAAAAACAUAAGUCUAACAAUCGUUAGCCAAACAACAAGAAUAGUCAUCUCUUUUACACUUAAUUAAGAAUUUUAAAAAUAGAUUUUUUUAAUUUUAAUCAUUUGAAAACCAAUGAAUCAUUUAAUUAAUUGACAAAACAUUACUUAUAAACAAACAUUGAUUAUUCAAACCCUUUACUAUUCCUCCAUUUUCUGGUAAAACAAUAUCGGAUUCGUUGAGUUUACGACUAGUUUUAACUAAAUUACAAUUACUUUCGCACAACUUAUGAAAGUCCCAAAUAUGCAAAUGUUUGCUCUUUCCCUGUUUGGCGUAAACCAGAAACUUAUGAUAACUAUUGCUCUGAAUUACAUGCAUUAAAAAGUCGGGUAAUGAGUGUUUGGGUGUUAAGUGAAUGAGUUGAGGGUUGUGUUGGUCUGUAAAUCCGCACAAAUCGUCUUUGAAAUCAUUUUUAUUGAUAGCGACACAAAAACCUAGAAUUAUAGCCCAAUGCGCUCUCUGUCCGCCCAAUAGUGUUGGCUCGUGAUUGGCAUCGGAAUCGUAAGGUUCACUUUAAUCUCGGUCUCAACCGAUAGCACUCUAUUCGCUAGUAUUGCCAUAUUUUCCACUGAAAUCGUAUC